GCCAGCCAACUCAUUUCUGGCAUUCACCAUUGUACACUUGGAUAUGCAAAUGCUCAUUGGUAGCUGAAGAAACAGAGCAAACUAAUCAGUGAGAUGAGGAAAACAUUUAAACUGAAGUUAAAGAGUGACUGUAAUGGAACUGUGGAGGGAAAGACUUUACCAGAACUUCACACAACAGGAGAGUUCUAUUGUAUCUCCACAAGUCUGGCAAGGCAAAGAUCGAUGGAGGAUGAUGAGGAAUUUGAGAAAGCUCGUCGGCGCCGGACCCGAAUGAACAGUUCACUAACAGAUAAUGAAGGUAUUCCUGAAGAGCAACAUACAUCUGAAAACAGCACUGCAUUUAAUGAACAAGAGGUAACGUCUCCACACUCAGAAGAUGAAUCCGUUCCAUUUGCUGAGAUGCUGAAGAGGAGAGAAGAGGAUAAAAGGCGCUAUCAGCGUGAGACAUUGCAAAGUUUGAAAAUAGCAAAGUUUGGCUCUGAAUCAGAAUUUGAAGGGGAAAGCAAGAAUGAGCAGGGGAAUGAAAACAAGAAGCCAGAAAUGAAGGAAGUGCCCAACAAAACACCAAGGAAACAAACAGAAGACAAUUACAGUACGAGACCCAUUGCAAGCACUUUGAAGGAAAAGGAGACCAACAACAGAGCAGCCAGCACACAGAAUCACUCUGAAUUAGGCAAUACUGGCCAUCAACCACCUCUCAGUCCUGUACACACUACACGGGCCUUUAUCAGUUUAGGAAAGCCCAAAGUAAAAAGCCCAACUAAGCUGAAAAGGCAGCCGAGUCUGGAGAAUAAUGAGCACUCUCGGGAAGAGAAUAGCAGCAUGAAGAUUGAAAAUGAUUGCCACAAAUCUCAAUCAAAAGCAACAGGGGUCAAAGGAAAAGAAAGAGGAGGAUAUGAGAAAUUGCAGGAAGAUGCCUUUAAGCAAGAAAGCAAGAAUAAUGCAAGGGUACAGGAUGAAAAAUGCGGAGUACAACAGGAGAAAAAGGAAAAUAUCCCUGAUCAUUCCAGUUCAAACAACAGUCCCUUCCGUCGCUUCUCUCCAAGAGCUACAUCAUUCAGAGCUACAAAUCCAGAGGGGAAAAGCCAACCAUUCCAAAGGAGUGCCAGUCUAAGGAUCCCAGCCAGAUCAUCCUCAGGAAAGAUUGAUGGUAUACUUGAGAAGUAUGCAAAGGCAAUUGAGAGAAGUGAUAGCAUCAAGUCAAAGCCAUCCCUUUCAGAUUAUCUGUCCCGGCCAUUGGAAGGUGUUGCAAGCAAGCGCUGUGUGUUUGAAAAGGAAGAUGCACAAAAUGGCAGUUCUCGAUUUCUAAUGACCAGAAAGGAUAUCAGACCAGGGGAUGUAGCCAGUAAACGGAACCUAUGGGAGAACAAAGCUGAUUCUGUAGAAAAGAAAAAGUUGCAGGAUCAUCAUUCUUUCAGAAAGAGCUACGAUCAAAGAGUAACACAUCAAAAUGAAAGUGUCAAUUUUACAGAUCGGGAAUCAAGCUGAAGCAGCAUAUAUAAUUCUCUUGAAGACGAUGAACUUCUUAACACAAGCUUGAUUAAUGGAGCUAGCUUCAAAAGGAAUUAUUUCACAGUAAAACAAUGAUAUUUUAAUAAAGGGGAUUCAACUACUUUCAAAACUUGUGUAACAGAAAAAUAUGCAAUUUAUUAAUUAAUUAAAAUUGAGUUCCAAUUUAAACAAAUACCAUUACUGGAGUAAAUUAGGCUCAAACUUUGUAAAAUAAGAUGCUUUAAAUUUUACAUUUUUUUUUAUGGUUGAGAAUUCACUGUCAUGUUUGUUCCAUUUCAGUUAUUUUCCUUGAAAAUAAAGUGUUUAAA